AUGUCGGCCACCGUGGUGACCGUGGCAGUCACGACGACGGCAAGCCAGUCUGUUGUCGUCGUUACCUCGACCAUUGCGGCUUCCGAUCUCUCUUCGUUGACCGGAUCGCCCACAAGCAGCGCUAGCGCCGGCUCCUCCAUUCCCACCUCCAGCGAUCCUUCGAGCUCCUCAACUUCCGCAAAUGGGGCUGGUUCAUCGUCCGGCAGUGACCCAACCUCCCGCGCCGGUUCGACUCCGAUCGGAGCCAUCGUCGGAGGUGCGGUGGGAGGCGCAGCCUUGCUUGCACUCCUGCUUCUUCUCGCCUGUCUCUACAGAAGACGCUCGAACGCCAAAAGGAAAGCCGCCAAUCCUUUCCCAGACGAUACUGACGAAAAAGGUCCUGCCGUCAUUGCAGGCCUUCCUCCCAAUCCAUCGAGCUCACAGGCGCGACCCCUUUCGGGCAGCUACAGCAACUCGCUCUUCAUGACCGAGGCCAACUCGUCCCUGCCGUUGCUCGGCACCGAGAGAUCCUUCCAUAGUGGAUCGCACCCCAACGCCGGUCUCGCGUCUGAUGCGCGUUCCAACCACGCCCAUCGGCCUUCGAUGACCUCUCUGGCUCCCAGCUUCGUCAUGGGUUCGUCGGCCUCCUUCGCACAGUCCCACAACAGCCAUUUUGGACAGCCCAUGAACGGCAAUCACAUCAAUUGUCACGAUAGCGCCACUACUGGAUUUGCUGGCGCUUAUCCUGACGUGCAUCGAUCCGCCUACUACGACACAAACGUGCCUUCCGGCGUCGAUCCUCGAACCAUGGGUGUAGGAUCGGCCGCAGCAGCCUACACCAACGGAAGCGCUGCAACCACCAUGCCAGGCUCGCCUGCUCAAGCGUAUGACCCUCGAAGCCUGCCAAUGGGUGCGGCGCCCUCCGAGUACACCGCGGCCAGCGAAGCAGCCCGCACGCGUGGCAUGUCUUUGAGUGGUUCCGGCGGAGAAUCGCAAGUUUGGUCGGGCGCCGCUUCACCCAACGAUGCCCGAAGCCGCAGAGGCUCGCACGGAAGCGCGCUUGCCAUGCCUCGAGCCGCCUCAGCACACUCGCACGAUGAGGUCGAGAGCUUGCAGUCUCGUCGACCACCCGCUGCCGGCCUUAAUGGCUUCCCGUCCACGCUCAACACCAUUCCUGGUUCGGUCGCGGCAUCCGAGAUAGCGAGCGCCGAUCAACACUCCAUGCAGUCGGCAGGUUACAGUAGCUUCGGAGAGCGCAGUAUCCCGCCGAGGUUACCAUCGAUUUCUUCAUCGAGUCCGCUCAUGAUGCAGGGCGCAAGCUCUUUUGCACCGCACGCGUCGAUGGCAGCCGGCGCUGCUCUGCCAGCUGCCCACAGCUCCAUGUCGCCACGUCUCACAUCUCAGCCAGGCGCCGACACGCUCCAAUCGAGCGAUCCAUCCAACGGCGGGACGUUCAACAGCGACGGUACCUACAACACCUACACCGGCGCCGUCAAGGGUCAAUUGCGAGUCGUCGGUGCUACGAAUGAGCAUGGCAAAGGUCCACCCACCAUUGCCGAGGAAGCGGAAGAUCGGCCACGUGCAAGUGCAGCGAUGAAGCGUUUGGGUCAGCACUCGGCCAGCGCAAGCACAUCGAGCGUCAACAGGACGGGCAGUCGGAUGGUCGAGAUGCUCGACGUUAACGAGCAACCACACGUGCCUGACUCUGUGACUGGAGCGGACGAAGGGCAGACGGCUUCGCCGCCCACACGACCGUCUUUCUGGAAGGAACGCAGCAGGUCGGCGCAGUCGAUCACCAAGGUCUUCCGCAGCUCUCCCUUGCUGUCGGCCCAACGCUCGCCAGCUACCGAUGCUUCUACCGGCCAAGACGCUUACUACCGAGCUUCAGAGAAUGAAGCUUUGCCAUCUCCGGACACCGGCAGAUCCGUCGCUGCCGAAACGGCGUCGGAAUCGCACAAGACGGACGGAGAUGCCGAAAUGUGGAAGGGAGCUUCCAAGUCCAAGUCGAGGCAGGCAGGUGGUUUGCGCAAGUGGACUAUGAGAAGAAUCCCGCAGCCUGGUGCGAAAGGAGCGAAUGAGGUGGAUGUCGAUCAGCUCUUUCGAUGA